GAUUUGAAUGUCGGAGAGGGUCUCUGAAAGGGCAGCCUGGAAAUAAUACACAAACGCCGUUGAUUGUUUCGAUCUAAUGCAGCUUUGGUCCAUGAGGACCUCCCUUUCGUUUCUGUAGCAUUCGAUCAAAAUGAGUAGUUACCAGAUGAAUGCAAACAGUGGACCCAAUCGUGCGAUGGGCACGGUUGGAGAGCCGAGCUACAUGGACCUCAGUAACAUGCCUGUGGACAACAAACAGCAACAGACAAUGAUGUGGCAGCAGAAUCAGUACAUGAGUGAUUCGGGCAUUCAUUCUGGACAGACUACACAGGCUCCAUCCAUAAGCAGCAAGAGCCAUGGAGAAGAGGUCGACGAAGGAGAGAUGGACCCAUCAAAGAUGAUGUUCGACUGGGGUUUAGGCGCAGAUUCUUACAAUCAGGAGCAAGUCGAUGAAAUCAACCAGCAGUUGAACCAGACCCGCUCUCAGCGUGUGCGGGCAGCCAUGUUUCCUGAGACAAUGCCCGAAGGUGUGCAGAUCCCCUCCACCCAGAUCCAGGCUGACCAGCCCACAGCAGUGCAGCGACUCAGUGAACCCUCGCAGAUGUUGAAGCACGCGGUGGUCAAUCUGAUCAACUAUCAGGAUGACGCUGACCUGGCGACCCGGGCUAUCCCUGAACUGAUCAAACUACUGAACGACGAGGAUCAGGUCGUGGUGUACCAGGCGGCCAUGAUGGUCCACCAGCUGUCCAAAAAGGAGGCCAGCCGGCACGCCAUCAUGAACUCCCCUCAGAUGAUCACGGCCUUGAUCCGGGCCAUGGCCAACACGGAGGACAUUGAGACGACUCGCUGCGCAGCCGGAACCCUUCACAAUCUGUCCCACCACCGCCAGGGGCUGCUCGCUAUCUUCAAGUCUGGGGGGAUCCCAGCUCUCGUGAAAUUGCUGAGCUCCCCGCUGGAGUCGGUUCUGUUCUACGCCAUCACCACCCUCCACAACCUGCUGCUGCACCAAGAGGGCUCCAAGAUGGCUGUCCGAAUGGCCGGGGGUCUCCAGAAGAUGGUGGCUCUGCUGCAGCGCAACAACAAUGUCAAGUUCCUGGCCAUCACCACCGACUGCCUGCAGAUUCUGGCUUACGGCAACCAGGAGAGCAAGCUUAUCAUUCUGGCAAGUGGAGGCCCUGGGGAGCUGGUGCGCAUCAUGAAGUCUUACACUUAUGAAAAGCUCCUGUGGACUACUUCCCGUGUUCUCAAAGUCCUUUCUGUCUGCUCCAGUAACAAGCCUGCUAUUGUUGAAGCUGGAGGCAUGCAGGCUCUUGCAAUGCAUUUGGGUCACCAGAGUCAGAGGCUUGUGCAGAAUUGCUUGUGGUCUUUGAGAAACUUGUCCGACGCAGCUACAAAGAUGGACCAACUGGACCACCUCCUUCAAAUGUUGGUGCAACUGCUGUCCAGCAACGACAUCAACGUGGUCACUUGUGCUGCUGGCAUCUUGUCCAACUUGACCUGCAACAACCACCGCAACAAGGUGAUGGUGUGCCAGGUGAACGGCAUCGAGGCUCUGGUCAGGACCAUCAUGCAGGCCGGAGACAGGGAGGACAUCACAGAACCUGCUGUUUGUGCCUUGCGUCACCUUACCUCUCGUCACCCAGAAGCAGAAAUGGCUCAGAACGCUGUCCGUCUGCACUAUGGUCUGCCUGUGUUGGUGAAAUUGCUGCACCCUCCCAGUCGCUGGCCUCUUAUCAAAGCUGUCGUUGGUCUCAUCAGGAACUUGGCACUCUGCCCAGCCAAUCAUGCCCCUCUCCGUGAGCAUGGCGCUCUGCCCAGAAUCGUGCAACUGCUGAUCAGAGCCCAUCAAGACACACAGAGAAGAGCUUCCAUCAGCUCCAACGGACCCCCUCUGACUGGCUAUGUGGAUGGCGUUCGCAUGGAGGAGAUUGUCGAGGGAACUGUUGGAGCUCUUCACAUCUUGGCCCGUGAGGCCCACAACAGAGCUGUCAUCAGGGGUCUCAACUGCAUACCACUUUUCGUUCAGCUCCUGUACUCCCCCAUCGAGAACAUCCAGCGAGUCGCUGCCGGUGUGUUGUGUGAGCUCGCGGCGGACAAGGAAGGCGCAGAAAUGAUCGAGCAGGAAGGAGCAACUGCACCCCUCACCGAGUUGUUGCACUCACGCAAUGAGGGUGUCGCCACCUACGCAGCAGCUGUUCUGUUCCGAAUGUCGGAAGACAAGCCACAAGAUUACAAAAAGCGUCUCUCCAUGGAGCUGACCAGUUCUUUAUACCGAGGAGAUCCCAACUGGGCUGAUCCGCCGGUGUUUGAGGAUAUGACCAUGCCGCUGGAGGACUCGCGCGAUCCCAUGUACAACGCACAAGGCUCUCAGGGCAGCAUGUAUGGCGGGGCUCACUCGGACAUGGGACGGGGACCCACAGGUUAUGAACAAGUUCCCAUCGACUCGAUGCAAGGUCUGGACAUCGGCAGCCAACACGGCAGCGGUUACGGCCCCAUGGACAACCUGCCGGACCUGGCCAGUCCUGGGGACAUCAACUUUGACAACAUUGACCCUGCCCUGGGACCCCCUGGUGGCGACAACCCCAACCUGUGGUACGACACCGACGUCUAGUGCGGAGACCGACUACGCGGGGGCGGGGGGGAAAUGAGAUCUGAACAUUUUAUGGCUUCAGGGAAUGGUGGUUGUUUUUUUUAA